CCCCGAUAUCUAAAAAUAACCCACAUGCACAGUUCCGCCAUAUUCAGGACGCGCCGGGAAACGGAUAUGACGUGGGUUAGGACAUUCACACAAAAUACAGUUGUAUAUGCUUUGAAAUUGUCUAUCAUCAUGUCAGCAAAUGCAAGCGCCAAAUGCACUCUGUCGUGAUGCUGCUGACUCCACACCAUGUGUGAGGCGCCAUCUGCUGGCACAAAACGACCACUACCAGACAGUGCCACUGACCACGAGCACACCAAGCGACAACGAAGAGAAGCAUCUUCAGAAUCACAAGACCCAUCUGCCCCACCUAGUGAGGAGGUGUUUGUGGACUCGUCCUGGCUUUACAUGGACUGCAGUUAUUGCAAUAAGCACAUGAAUGAGAACCUGGCAUCCCGAUUCCAUGGUGAGAAGCUUGUCCUGCAGAUGCAUGCCCAGUAUGGUGUGUUCAGCAAGAGCAGCAGAGGAUACGAUGCCAGUAGGGAGGAGGUGAAGCUCUUCAAGGAUGAAUUCCUGAGGAAAGUCUGCAGUUUGCGGAACAUGAGAGGUGGUGUCUUAAUCAUCCAUGUCACGGGGAAAUCAGUGGAAAAAGGCCCAUCGCUUGAUGACUUUGAUCAAAAGGUGGGCGAAGAACUGAGCAGAAUGGUAGAAGAUGACACAAUGUAUGUUGAAAACUAUGAUCGUCGCUGGUAUAUGGAACAACAGAGUUAUGUAGACGAACACGGGCAGCCACAUAAUGAGACAGUUUACCUGGACUAUAUUAUCUUAAGUGUGAAGGGCUCAUCGUCAGUGUCAACAAAAGAUUUCAAUACUCUUGUCACAUGGGAUGGGAGUAAAGAAAGACCCAAGGCGAGGGAGAUCUCCAGACUGUUAUGGAAGCGUAGCCUCCAACCAUGCUUCCCAGAUGAGCCUAUGGAUGACUGUGAGUUUAUUGAAGGUGAAAGGGUGGAUCUGUAUGAGAGUCGGGACAUUCAGCUCAAGAGACUGUUUGAGAAGGACCUUGUGAAGGAUCUCCAUGACCAUGCAAGCUUGGUGGACAAGUCGCUGGCCUACAGGAUUGCCUUUAGGCUGAAGGAGAAGCUGCAUCUCUUGGAGUACAUGACGUCAUUCACCAAACUCAAGAAUGGAGGCUCCUUCUUCUGUGGCAUUGAAGAAGAGAAAAUAGUGCUGGUGACGGAGAAGAGCAAGAGUUCGAAGAAGAGCAAGAAGAAGAAAAAGAAAGCACAAGGUUCAAAGGUAGUAACAGAAGAUGACAAAGAGGAGGAAGUUGAUCCUGCAGGCUCUCAUCUGACUGCAGCCAAUGUCCCUGGUGAUAUUCCUGUUCUGGGCAGUGUAGUGAACACAUGUGACCGUGGAGGACCUCAUGUGGCAACUCCAAAUGUUCCUGACACAGGGAUAGCAGUGAACACACACAACUCUUCUUUACAGGGGUUUAAUUCUGUUACCAGAAAUGCCAAAGGAGAGAAUGAAUUAACCAACAAAUCCUUUACAAAAUGUGAUGAUGUAAAAAUGUCUAACAUCAGGCUGUAUACAGAUUCAAUAAUACCAGAUGCAGGUGAGCAGAUUCAAGAUGUUGCUAAAUCAGCUCAGCAAUCAAAUGCUCAAAGUAGACUAGCAUCCACACAUACACAAUCUGGAGUUGAGUCUGGACUAGGAAAUGAUAGACAUGAAAAGGGUGUUGAGAAGGCUGCGAGUGAGGUGCCCUCUGUGCCCGGAACAAUGGGGUCACCUCCUGCUGCGGAUGGGGUGGUAAGCCAGGGCUACAAGACAGGCUAUAAUCUAGUGAAGGGCGUCACACUUAUGCCUGAGGAGAGGCUAGAACUGCAUGAUGAGAUCUUGCGAUGUGUCCAGGAAGACAUGUUGUGGCUAAGGAGUGAUGGCAGUGUGUUAACGAGGGAGGAGAUAGCAGGUGAGGUGGAAAUCCGAUUCCACUGCACAUCAGUGGCCUGUCAAACGUUCGUAGUUGAGGUGCGGUGCAAAAAUGUUUUCUCAGGAAUUGUGUUCUACAAGAGCUGUGGCCCAGAUGCAUUCAGACUUACGGGGAUCUCGGAGAAAAGACCUCGGGUUGUUAGAAUGGAUCCCAAGGAGUGGAUCCUUCUGCUCAAGAAAGCCAUGGAGUGUGAUAACUGUGAGAGCACAAUAUGGAAACUUCGAGCAGAUGAAGGAUAAGUUUGGGUACCGUACUUUCCUGUGUAAAGCUGUGUAGAGGGGGUGUACAUAUUACAUGCUGUCAAUGAGUUUCGAUUACUUUACCCAAAACACAGACAUUUAAGAAUUAAUGUCAAUAUUUUUUACAUGUAUGGAGGUAUAUACGUAAAAACAGGUGUGCAAACUGUGAAAAUCUGUGUAGCCAUAGGCGGAUUUACUCAAAGUGUGCACACCAGAUUUUAUGUUUAUGCCUCCAUAUAAUCUCUGAUUACACAAUUUAUUCUAUAUCUUGACUUAUGUUUGUAAUCUAGUUUAAAUAUAUGAUUUCAUUCAAUAUUGUUCACAUUAAUUAUGGCAAAAUUGUGUGUGAGGUGAUUGGCAGAUUACACCAAUUCACUAUUAUUUACAACAGACCAGAUUACCGCUAAUGACUCCCUUGAAAGAAACCUUAGCUGUCAGAGAAUGGAACAAUGUGUCAUAAAUGUCAUACCUUGUCCCACAAAAAGUGCAUGUGAUACACAAGAAAAUACGCAACUGUUAGGCAGUUUGCGCAGAUGGAGCAUAUGUUUGAAGGAAAGAGAGACAUAUCUUGUUGACACAUUUGUUUCCCAGCUGACGUUUAGUUUGAUUUUCUGACUUGACUAUGACUGUGCAAGUGCUGGUAUGCUGUUUUUAUCAAAUAUUCAGGUUAUUAUUAAGUCUGGAGUGAUCAGGAACUGUGCUUCACUCUUCACUCUGGUUUGUUUUUACAAGCUUUCGAAGCCUCUUACCUGCUCAAGCUUCCUGAUGUAGACCUGUGCAGAUGUGGAAGUGGCGCAGCUGUCAUCGUGGCAUCAUUAACAUUGUUACCAAGUACUGUUUGUUUGUUUGUUGUUUAAAGCCGCACUCGGAAAUAUUGCAGUUAUAUGACGGCAGUCUGUAAAUAAAGGAGCCUGGACCAGACAGCCCAGUGAUAUACUGCUGUGUAAUAGUUACUCACCAGCCAGGGUAUAAUUCUAUGCAGGUCACAUCUUGUUCCAAAUACACUCAGAAUUCAGGCAGGCUGUGAUGAUUACACGUUCACAACAUGGAUCUUGGUGACAUAACAUUGUUUCUUGUGCUACAAAUAUCAAAGGAGCUGUCUGCACACUUGUCUCUGAAAUAGCUAUAAAACAUCCUGUGUGCCCCUGAAGAUGCCUGGUCGCCAGUAUGUGAGGGUCGCCAGUCGCCAGUAUGUGGGGGUCCCCAGUCGCCAGUAUGUGGGGGUUGCCAGUCGCCAGUAUGUGAGGGUCACCAGUAUGUGAGGGUCCCCAGUCGCCAGUAUGUGAAUGUCGCCAGUCCCCAGUAUGUGAAUGUCGCCAGUCCCCAGUAUGUGAGGGUCGCAAGUGGCCAGUAUGUGAGGGUCGCCAGUCCCCAGUAUGUGAGGGUCGCCAGUCCCCAGUAUGUGAGGGUCGCCAGUCCCCAGUAUGUGAGGGUCGCAAGUGGCCAGUAUGUGAGGGUCGCCAGUCCCCAGUAUGUGAGGGUCGCAAGUGGCCAGUAUGUGAGGGUCGCCAGUGGCCAGUAUGUGAGGGUCGCCAGUCCCCAGUAUGUGAGGGUCGCCAGUGGCCAGUAUGUGAGGGUCGCCAGUAUGUGAGGGUCGCCAGUCCCCAGUAUGUGAGGGUCGCCAGUAUCUGAGGGUAGCCAGUCGCCAGUAUGUGAGGGUCGCCAGUCGCCAGUAUGUGAGGGUCGCCAGUCGCCAGUAUCUGAGGGUCACCAGUCGCCAGUAUGUGAGGGUCGCCGACAGUCACCAGUAUGUGAGGGUCGCCAGUCGCCAGUAUCUGAGGGUCGCCAGUCGCCAGUAUGUGAGGGUCAACAGUCGCCAGUAUGUGAGAGUCGCCGACAGUCACCAGUAUGUGAGGGUCGCCAGUCGCCAGUAUGUGAGGGUCGCCAGUAUGUGAGGGUCCCCAGUCGCCAGUAUGUGAGGGUCGCCAGUCGCCAGUAUCUGAGGGUCGCCAGUCGCCAGUAUGUGAGGGUCGCCAGUAUGUGAGGGUCGCCAGUAUGUGAGGGUCGCCAGUCGCCAGUAUGUGAGGGUCGCCAGUCGCCAGUAUCUGAGGGUUGCCAGUCGCCAUUAUGUGAGGGUCGCCAGUCGCCAGUAUGUGAGGGUCACCGACAGUCGCAAGUAUGUGAGGGUCGCCAGUCGCCAGUAUGUGAGGGUCGCCAGUCGCCAGUAUAUGAAGGUCGCCACUCAGAGCCCCAUGACCCAGUUCAUAUCAGCAGCUUGUGUAUCACUGGACAUGAACAUUGUUAUAAACCCUGUCGUGUCACCACGCUGGGGGUAACUUCCCCAUGUAGAUUGUAGUUUGCAUACCAGUAGGUGUCUUCAGAUCUUUAAUACUGAUGGCAGAAUGUAGAAGUACUUUAUGCCAAUAAGCCACAACGCUGCCCUAUGUGAACAGUGGUGAAUGAUAAUGUGAGGACAUAUAGUCAGUGGCUCUCCACAUUAUCUGGAGACUUGGCCACAGUUGAUCAUCCCAAACUGGCUUGCACAAGACUAAGAUCCAAUGAAAGUCUUGUCGUAUUGCUACAGUGAUAUUAGAACACAGUGCUUUGCAGACCAGUGUGUUGUCAUCAGUUACCAUGAUGUCCUACUCGUUGAUAAUAGGAAAUUAUCCUCACCCUGCCCUGGAUAUUGGAAACUUAUCCUCUCGCCUUGAUAUAUUUUAUUUACGGAAGACCCUCGGGUGUGAUGUUCUUUUUGUAUCUGCCACCUGGAAGCGACAGUGUUAUGCUAAGUGCAGGGUUGUUUUCCUUUCCAAAACAUAGGUGUGUAGACUGUUGGCUCUCUGUGUUAUUUACAGUGGAAGCAAAAGGUUUAUGCAGGUGCAUUGUUGUUGCCUAUUAGUUGGGAACUUGGGACUCAGUGUUCAGUGUUGUAAAAUCUAUUAAUAUUGUUUAUAACAAUCAGUCACGUCUAAUAUUUCAUUGGUAUCCGUCAGAGAUACAUUUAUACGAUAAUUUUCAAUUUCAUUGAUGAACAGAAAUUCUUGAAUACUUGUUUGAAUUACAGCACCUCUUUCAAAUAUCUUUGUCUCAGACACACAGCCUUGUGUAUUAGCGAAUAUGCAUUUUUAUUUUUUUAUAUUUCAUUUAAGACACACACACUGCUAUAUAAGUGCAAUUACCUUGAACACGUCGCUAACCCCAGUUCCCCUCAUCACCUUGCUGUUUUCCUGUUACAUGAGUAUCUCCCAGCUCUCCCCAUCCAUGUCAGAGGUCAGGGGGGUGCUUGCUGCAGGUUGUGUCCAGAUGCAGCACACUAUAACCCAGGCACUCUUUGACAUUUUGUUAUAUACGUUUCGUUCCAAGCAAAGUCUUGUCUGUUUAUUUUGUAAAAUAUCUAACAUUUUGUUGAACUUUUAUUUUUGUUAGAAAUGACCAUGCAUCUAUUUUCAUGAUUUUACAUGUGUCAGAAAACCAAAGAGAACAUUCCAGAAAAUGUGUUUACAGCAUUUCUAAUUGUGUUGUUUUAGUUAAGGUAAUGUAUACUUGGAAGCUUCUUAGCUUUUGCAGAUAAAAAUAAUUUCCUAUGGUUUUCCUAAUUUAUGUUCGUGGCAGUUGGUGAGACUGAUAGCAACUUCUGACUUCUACAGAUGUAUAAGCUUUACCAGGUUCUAGUUAUGUUGAUGUUCGCUUAGUACUGAUUCAGGCUUGAACUGGCAGGGUUUGCCUGGUCCAGACUUGAACAGUAGUGUCAGUGAUGUUUUGUGUGAUGGCACGUGGUGCACAUCGGGUGAAGUCAUGUGGCUGGAGAGAGAGGCGACUUGUGUCUGUGUAUCUAUUCUGUCCAUCACAGAAUCACAGGCCACACAUCGGGUGAAGUCAUGUGGCUGGAGAGAGAGGCGACUUGUGUCUGUGUAUCUCUUCUGUCCAUCACAGAAUCACAGGCCACACAUCGGGUGAAGUCGUGUGGCUGGAGAGAGAGGCGACUUGUGUCUGUGUAUCUCUUCUGUCCAUCACAGAAUCACAGGUCACACAUCGGGUGAAGUCGUGUGGCUGGAGAGAGAGGCGACUUGUGUCUGUGUAUCUCUUCUGUCCAUCACAGAAUCACAGGCCACACAUCGGGUGAAGUCAUGUGGCUGGAGAGAGAGGCGACUUGUGUCUGUGUAUCUCUUCUGUCCAUCACAGAAUCACAGGUCACACAUCGGGUGAAGUCGUGUGGCUGGAGAGAGAGGCGACUUGUGUCUGUGUAUCUCUUCUGUCCAUCACAGAAUCACAGGUCACACAUCGGGUGAAGUCGUGUGGCUGGAGAGAGAGGCGACUUGUGUCUGUGUAUCUCUUCUGUCCAUCACAGAAUCACAGGUCACACAUCGGGUGAAGUCAUGUGGCUGGAGAGAGAGGCGACUUGUGUCUGUGUAUCUCUUCUGUCCAUCACAGAAUCACAGGUCACACAUUGGGUGAAGUCAUGUGGCUGGAGAGAGAGGCGACUUGUGUCUGUGUAUCUCUUCUGUCCAUCACAGAAUCACAGGUCACACAUCGGGUGAAGUCGUGUGGCUGGAGAGAGAGGCGACUUGUGUCUGUGUAUCUCUUCUGUCCAUCACAGAAUCACAGGUCACACAUCGGGUGAAGUCAUGUGGCUGGAGAGAGAGGCGACUUGUGUCUGUGUAUCUCUUCUGUCCAUCACAGAAUCACAGGUCACACAUCGGGUGAAGUCGUGUGGCUGGAGAGAGAGGCGACUUGUGUCUGUGUAUCUCUUCUGUCAAUCACAGAAUCACAGGUCACACAUUGGGUGAAGUCAUGUGGCUGGAGAGAGGCGACUUGUGUCUGUGUAUCUCUUCUGUCAAUCACAGAAUCACAGGUCACACAUCGGGUGAAGUCAUGUGGCUGGAGAGAGAGAGGAGACUUCUUAAGUGUCUGUGUAUCUCUCCUGUCCAUCACAGAAUCACAGGUUAUGAAAUGGGUGAUGGAUUAGUGUGGUUAAAGUUUUGUCAAGUCACGCAUUGAGCCCUUCUUGGUGUCCACACUUGCAGUGUACACUGAUUGUCAGACCAGGAUAAGGCUGUGAGCCUGCACCAAGUGUAUGGAGCCUAAUGUAUUGUGAAACACAUUAUUGUGCACAACUUUCGAAGACUGCUGUGAGAAAUGUUGUACUCCUUGAGUUUCAGCCAGGUUGGUAAUAGUUACGAACCAGUAUUGUACAAAACUGUUGUAUGAGAGUACCAGAUUGUGACUUGUCUAGGACUAGGGGAAAAGACUCGCGAAGAAUGCUUGUGUGUGGCAGUGAGUGACAGGUGUGUGUCAGGGACAGGCCGGUGAAACAGAACAUUCGUACCUUCAGUGGGCUUGUCACCUGCAAUUAGGAAGGGGAAACAUCUGUUUCAGUCAGAACAAGAGUUGCAGAGUUAGGGCACAAGUUAGUUCAUGUACUUCUAACUGUCAUAGAAACCAUUGUAAUGAUAUAUUGUUUGAAUCACUUGUGCGAUCUGUGGAGUAUUGCGUGAUUCGUACAAAACAACAUAGUAACUUAGGUUGCAGAGAUACCAAUAAUGUAAGGCUCUUGUAGAGCUCCCUCCAGUCUCUCAGACAUUAGUGUUAAUAUGCUAAGGCUAUAGAUGCUGUUCUGCUUCUGUUCAUUAUGUGAGGUCGGUGUAACCAGAGUGAACAAUGUUGAUACAAGGAAUCCGGCCUGGGGGGCAUGGUGCAUUGACUCUAUUUGGGUCCUCAUGUUGCAGAUGUAUAGAGUUGUUACAGAUGCAUGGAGUUAUUACAGAUGCAUAGAGUUGUUACAGAUGGAUAGAGUUGUUACAGAUGCAUACAGAUGGAUAGAGUUGUUACAGAUGCAUAGAGUUGUUACAGAUGGAUAGAGUUGUUACAGAUGGAUAGAGUUGUUACAGAUGCAUAGAGUUGUUACAGAUGGAUAGAGUUGUUACAGAUGGAUAGAGUUGUUACAGAUGGAUAGAGUCGUUACAGAUGCAUAGAGUCGUUACAGAUGGAUAGAGUUGUUACAGAUGGAUAGAGUUGUUACAGAUGGAUAGAGUUGUUACAGAUGGCUGGAGUUGUUACAGAAGGAUAGAGUUGUUACAGAUGCAUAGAGUUGUUACAGAUGCAUAGAGUUGUUAUAGAUGCAUACAGAUGGAUAGAGUUGUUACAGAUGGAUAGAGUUGUUACAGAUGCAUAGAGUUGUUACAGAUGAUAGAGUUGUUACCGAUGGAUAGAGUUGUUACAGAUGGAUAGAGUUGUUACAGAUGAUAGAGUUGUUACAGAUGGAUAGAGUUGUUACAGAUGGAUAGAGUUGUUACAGAUGCAUAGAGUUGUUACAGAUGCAUAGAGUUGUUACAGAUGAUAGAGUUGUUACAGAUGGAUAGAGUUGUUACAGAUGGAUAGAGUUGUUACAGAUGCAUAGAGUUGUUACAGAUACAUAGAGUUGCAUAGACUUUACAGAUGGAUAGAGUUGUUACAGAUGGAUAGAGUUGUUACAGAUGGAUAGAGUUGUUACAGAUGGAUAGAGUUGUUACAGAUGCAUAGAGUUGUUACAGAUGGAUAGAGUUGCAUAGA